CGAACGUCUUCGGGGAGCGAGCGAAGAUCGCCAACAAACAACGGCAACAAGCGUCAAAAACUCAAAAACGUCCCGAACCUGAACCUCUGCAGGCACAGCGCAACGGAAAAAGUCUGCCUAGAAUUUUAUGCAGUUUUUGUGAGCAAUAAAACGUUAAAAGUUGCAUCUAUGUGUCGCAAAUCGUGAAAAUUCUUCGUAUUUGGUACGGAAACAGUGCAGUUUGCUAUGAAUGUAGUGUAGUGCGUCAGUGAAUCGAAAUCGAAAAAUUUCCGUUGGCUUCGGUUUGUGCGAGAACGAAACAAACAUGGACGGACUCCGCUGGUCCCGGGUCUUAUUACAAUGGGUGAAAGAUUCCCAUCUCAUACCGUGCGAGUGCGACAGCAUCGAGCAGUGCAGCGUUGAGGAAUUCUAUCGGCAGUUCCGCUCCCGGAUCCAGCAGACGGUGUCCCUUCCGGAAGAGGACAUCAUCAGCUUCCUCAAGGUGCACUUCCCGCACUACGAACUGUACCUAACUGAGACGGGCCAAAUCGCCGCCCCGGAUCACUUCUACAUCUUCUCGCUGCUGCUCUUCUUCUCCUGCGUCCGACAUCCGGAGCGGUUCUUCCAGCAAAUCUGCAACGGAUUCGACAAACCGCAGCAGUAUGCCGUCACGGCGUUUCUCAAAUCGAUGUUGGAAGGCGCCCACCUGCGGAAGGAAAUCGACCGGAUGAUGAUCCGGCGGGCUAUUCAGGACGCCAUGCCGCAAACGAUGUUGCCUCCGGACACGCCGCCGUCCUCGUCGUCCCAGCAGCCCUCCUCGGUGCAACGGGAAUCCGCCCGGCUGAGUUUACCCUCGCGGCUCGCUUCCUCGGUCAGCAGUGGCGGCGACAUGGUGGACGGGAGUCCGCUUCGGUUGGGCCGACAACCGCCGAAAAUUUCCCCUCCCACGCCGAAGACGAUCAUUCUGGACGAGAGGACCAAACAGCUGAAGGAACUGAAGGCGCAACUGGAAGCCGAACGCUACGAGAAGGGUUACCUGGAGGUGCAGCUCAAGCAGCUGCAGGACAAGAACGAGAAGUUCUUGGAGGACAAACGGAAGUACGUGAAGGAAAUCCGUGAGCUGCGCACGGAACUGCAGGCGUGCAAUCUGGAGAACGAGUCGCCGAACAAACAGCGCGGUUUGGACCACAAGGUGGCCCGCAUCGAGCGGCUGCUGGCCGAGAAGGAGGAAGCACUGGAUCGGCUCAAGAUCGAGCUGGAGACGGUGGCCGAGAACAACCGGAAUUCGACCGAGAUGAUCAACUAUCGCAACGUGCAGAUCGUCAAGCUCAAGGACCAAAUCCAGGAGCUGGAGAAUUCCCUAGGUUCGCUGUCGGAGUGCAUCGCCGAGAAGGACGAGGUAAUCAAGUAUCUACGCGAGAACAACGAAGAACUGCAGCGCUUCAUCGACGAGUGCCGCUUCAAGCAGAACGGCCCCCUGCCGGAGAACCUAAACACCUCCUUCGAUGGGAUGAUGGAGCUCAGUUCGGGCGGAAGCAGCAACGGAACCGGAAAGAGCUACAGCAUCACACCGGAAAACAUGGCCCAGGCCGUUGUGGACGUGCAGCUGAAGGAGAAGGAAGCGGAAAAUUGCCUGCUGAAGCGCUCGCUGGAGAUGAUCGAACAGGAGAAGGUCAGAGUGUCCGGUAUGGUCGGGAGCUUCUUCCGGCUGUACGGCGAUGUGGUUGGUGCCUUGCCGUACGGGAGUGCGAAUCCACAGGACGUUGGAUUUGUGGAGAAGAUGAACAUUUUCAAGGCGUGCUAUGAGUCGCUGUUCGUGGAGCUGGGGAAGUUCAAGGAAGCUAAGGAGAUGCUGGAAGCGAAAAGCGACGCGUUGGAGGAAGAUGUGAAAAUGGUAAAAGCGGAACUGCUGGCUCGGACAGAGGUGUUGCAAAAGCUUGAAAGGCACUCGGUAGAUAUCGAGAUGCAGCUGGAGUUGGUGAGGAAGACAGCUAGCGAGUAUCAGCGAAAGAACGCCGCCAUGAACGAAGACUUGAACAGACAGAAACGAGACCUGUUGAAGUUGAUCUCGGAGAAGGACACAUUGAGCCAGCAGAAUCUCACACUGAAUGUGGAAUUCAAUAGCCUGAAGGGUGAGCAUGAAUCGCUCACGACGAAAAUCGACUAUCUGAUGCUGUCACUGAACGAAGACUACGAGGGAAGUGACUUUUCCUCAUGGUUCGACAAGAUGGACGACCUGAAAGAACGUGUGCGGACACUGAAGGAAGACAAGGAUCGUUUAACUGCCAUGAACAUGAAAAUCAUGAUGGAAAAAGUUGCACUGGAAAAGGACGUCAGUGUCGGCGAAAUCAGACUGACGGAGAUGAAGGAACAACAAGCCGAAUCGGAGAAGAAGCUGAGGCGACUAAACGAGCAGUUGCAGGAAAGCGAAAAUUCACUGGCAGAGAAAGACAAUGCAGUCAGCUCGUUGGAAAAAUUGAAGGCCGAUCUCGAGGAGAACAUCCAAGGAUUGUCUGCUGAACUUCUGGAAUCGCAAAGCAAACUGAACGAAAUGUCGGAGGACUUCCAAUCGUGUGAGGAAACUCUUCGAAAUAUCAGGGAUGAGCUGGAAUCUCGUGAUCACGAACUGCUAUGUGCCAAGAACACCAUCGAUGAACUCCAAACCAGCGCGGAAAAACAACAAGAUGAACUCCAACACAUGACACAACUUCAAGAAAAAACUGCAGCCGAACGAGAACAACUGGUUAUUCAUCUUUCAAAGAUUCAGCAGGAUUUGAACAGCGAAAGUGAUAAGCUAGAAGCGACAACAAAGGAACUUGAUGAGGCAAACGAUAAAAAUCGACAACUCACGCAAGUUCGAGACCGUCUUCUAGAGGAAAAGCUUGCAUUGGAAGAAGCACUAUCAGAACAACGCAACGAGUUGAACAAAAGUUGCAAAACGGUUCAAAACUUGGAACUGCAAAUCAAGAACAUGCAGGAAAUGUUUGCCAACGAAACCGAGCAAUCGAAGGAAAUUCAGGAAUCACUAAACGCUCAGAUCAUCGAUCAACGCAAUCAACUGGAUGCGUCACAUAAGGAACAGAACAUCCUGUCAUCAGCAAAUCGUUCUCUCCUGGCGGGUCUCGAGUUGAUUCAACAGAAAAUCAGCCAACUGGAAAGCCAGUAUGUGACCAAAAUCAACCGUCUCGAAGCGAAGCUCGGAGAAUUCGCAGCGCUACUGACGAAACUCUCCGCCUACCAGUUCAAGUUGCGCUUGGAGAAAGCACAACUAGAGGACAACCUCGGCAAGAUGAUACAGGAGUUCGAAGCACUGCAGACGGAAAACGAAAAACUGAUCGAGUCGGAGACGGUGUUGCAGCGGACGAUUCAGGAACUGCAGGCUGAAAAAACGGCCGCAGAGGAACGCAGCAUCGGUUUGGAAGACCAACUCGCCGAAAUGGAAGUGCGACUCGAUAUGAGUGGCAGCAGAAUCAAGGAGCUGGAAGGAAGCUGUGCCGAGCUGGAAGCCGAUAAAACAAGACUACUCGGAGACGGAAGCCAGCGCGAGGCGGAGUUGAGGAAACAGCUCGAAGAAGCAGCGGUUUGCAGUGAGCGAUUGGAACAAGAGAUCAAGCAUAUGAGCAAAUCGCAAUCCGAUCUUCAACUUCUACUCGAUGCCAAGUUGGAACAGUUCAAGUGUGUGUCAGACGAACGUGACGAGAUGGAAGUCAAAUGUGCGCGACUGGAAGUGGAGUUGAAGGAGUUGCAAUCAGAUUUGGAGGAGCAGAAACAACUGACGGCCAGCAACUGUGAGGCGAAGGCUUUGCUUGAAACUCAACUGUUGGCGGUUCGCGAAGAGCUGCUUCAACUAGAAGAAGAAAGAUCUCGUUUAGAGGAAAAUUGUGAGGAGAACCAAGCGGCACUCGAAAAGCACAACAAGGUCAUUUCUCGUCUCACUCGCGAGAAGGAACUACUAGAAGAGAAGGUGCAGGAGCUUACAGCGGUUCUAGCAACCGUGCGACAGACCAAAUCCGAUUUGAAGCAAAAGCUCGAGGAAGAGCAGGAAAAAUCCGACGAAUUGUCCUGUCAGCUGGAGGAUCUGAACUCUAAAAUACUGGCCGUGGCAGAAGAACUCGGACGGGUGAGAGAAGAAAAGGAGGAACUACAGAACCGACUGGGCGUCGUGGAAGUCGAGAAACAGGAACUCGAAGAGAGGGUACAAGAGUUGACGGAGGCGAUAACGCUGGUGGAAGAAGAUCGGGACACGUUGCGCGAAGAGAAAUGCCGACUGGGAGCGGAGGUCGAGCGGGUGGAUCACGAUAAGGGAUCAUUGGACGAGCAGUGUGGAAAGUUGCUGAAGCAGCUGUCGAAGGAACGCGAGGACGCCGCACAGGCGAAAGCCCUGCUAGAGGAAACGACAUGUGUGUUGGGCAAGGAACGUGACGCGCUGCAGGAGAAAUUGAAGGUGAUCGAAAAGGAGAGAAGUGUUUUGAAGGGUAGCGUUGCGGAAUUGGAGGAGACGAAGAAGGGCUUGGAAGCGGUGCUCGGAGAAAAGGGUGUUGUGGAGGGCAAAGUAGUGGAAUUGUCAAAGUUGAUCGAAGAACUGCGCUCGGAGAAAACGGAACUUGAAGUCGAGAAGGCGAGCUUAAGGGAAGAACAGCAGUCUAAUGAGAAGGUGAUCGGCGAAUUGAAGGAAAACAUUUGCGCUCUGGAAGAAACCAAGACACGAUUGCAGGAACAAGUUUCGGCAGGUGAUGAAGCCAGCACUAAACUGCAGCAAGAAUUGGGAGAUUUGUCAAAGGCACUUCAGGUGUCCAAAGAGGAGAUUGAGACAAUGGAGGUCGAGACAAAGAAACUAUCAUCUGAAUUGACUCAGUCGAACGCUGAAAUGGAAUCGCUUAGCGCAGAGCUUGAACAAACUCACAGCCAACUGCAGGAAGUGCAAGAAGCUUUGAAAACGAAAGAGUGUGAAGCUGCAGUGGUGUCUGAAAAACUUCUUGAAAGCGCGAAAGAUUUGGAAUUGGUUCAACAACGGAAGGAGGAAGAGAUUUUGCAAAAGUCGAGGAACAUUGAAAGCAUUCAAGUCGAGCAUCAGGAUGUUAUGAAGCGUUUACAGCAAGCAUUGACUGACAAUUCCGAACUUGGAGCCAAGGUUGAAAACCUGACCACAGAACUGAGUGGUCGUUCGGCGGAGCUGGAUGCAAAAAAGCAAGAGGUUGAAGAGAAGGAACAAAACAUUCGAUCGGCAACCGAGCUGUUGAUUGCUUCGCAAGCCAAGGCGGCUGAACUGAGUUCGACCGUCGAUCAACUCAACGUCGCUAAGGUUUCUCUCGAAACGCAGCUGCAAAAAGUGCAAAACGACUUGGACAGUGAACGAAAGCUCUGCUCAUCGAAGAAGCUGCAAGUGCAAGAACUCAAAGCCAGCCUUGGUGAAAUCAACGAAUCGAAGAAUUGCCUUGAACACGAACUGCAACAACUGGAAGCUGAAAGAUUGAAUGCCGAAUCCGCCAACCAACAGCUCAUCCAGCAAUUAUCCGACUUGAAAUCGCAAGUAGCCAAACAGCAGACCGCUAUCGAUGCGAAGGACACGGAAAUACAUCAACUGACCGAAGGACUGGAAAAGGUCAAACGUAUUCAGUCGCAGCUGGAGGAGAAGGUGACUGAUUUCGAGUCGGUUGUCACCGAGAAGGACGAAAUCGAAGCGCAGUUGGUCGGGCUGCAGCACGAGUUGGAGUUGGUUCGGGAUGAUAAGCGGAAGAUCGAGACCGAGCUGGAGACGGUCAAGGAGGAGAAAGCCGACGUGGACCGACGGUUGAUACAGCAGCUGCAGGACUACGAUACGGUGAACGAAGCUUAUCUGAAUGAACGGGACUGCAACAAGGAGCUUGUGGUGAAGCAGCAGGAGUUGACGGGGAAACUUCAAGAGGUGGUUGAAGAGAAUGCCCGGUUGGUGCAGGGCCAGGAAAGUUCCAAAUCUAUGUUGGCAGCUAAGGAGAAACGGUUGGUGGAACAAGAGAAGCAGGUGGAGAAGUUGAAGCGCGAAAUGGAGAACUUGUUCGGAAAGAAUCAGCAGAUGGAUUCGUUGACGCACGAUUUCAUGCAGCUGAAGGUGGAGAAGUCUGAGUUGGAAGCCGAGAAGGAAGAGCUGAACGAAGCCAUCGAACAGAAGGAGAUCGAGGAGAAGGCGAUGCAGGAGAGUAUGAAUCAUCUGAAAGAGAGUCUGAAGGUGAAACAACAAGAGCUGGACUCGCUUCAUUCGGACGUGGCGACUCUGAAGGAGACGUUGCAUACGAUGAAGAUAGAAAACAGUAAGUUGAAAUCGACGCACGAGUUGCAGCAAACGAAGAUGCUGAACUUGGAACUGAAGAAUAGCGAACAAAGCAAGAAGAUCGAGAAAUUAGAGGAGUCAUUGAAUAAGACUGAGAUCAGCCACCUGGAGGACAACUCGAAGGCAUCUACACUGCUGAAGAAACUGGAAAUGUACAAAGAGUACGAGAUGAAGAUGAAGGAACUGGAAGAGCUGCAUCAGAAGGAACGUGAGAUCAACAAAACCUGCAUGGGGGAUAUUGACAUACUGCGGGCAAAACUGAUCAAGCACCGGCAGAUAACCGAAGACAAAGAACAGGAGUGGAAGCAGGAACGGUUGGCGCUGGAACAGAAGGUUCGGGACGCGCAUAAGGAUGCCGAGGUUAAGAUGAGGGAGACCCGAAUCGAGUACGAAGCCAAACUGGAGAAGAUGAAGGAUAAAAUGAAAUCGUUACUGAACGAUGAACUACAGAAGACCAGAUCCAAGUACGAGAAGGAAUAUCUGGACCUCAAGCAGGAAAUUCAGGAAGAACAGAAAAAGUUCACCAAAAUGGAAAUGAAAGCCGUCAAACUGGAACAGCAGUUAGCCGAUAUGAAGGACUUGCGGAAAGAGUACGAGUUCGUGUCGUCCAGGUUGCGCGUCAUGGAGCAAAUCCAGAAAGAGCGCAAAUCGCUCAUGCCACCGCCCCCAGGAGACCACCUUCGUUCCAACCUCAAGAUGGAGGACGAAGAGGGCGAACUGUUCAACAACACCUACCUGACGGAUCUGAAGUACGGCCGUGGGUCGCCGCCACUUGCCGGCCGCGAGUCGAUCCGGAUGUCGGAAAUUCAGCAGCGUAACUCGAUGGUUCCGCCGCACCUCAAGGACAGCUACAUGGUGCAGUACGUCGAUGGGAACCUGACGGACGACGACAAUCGAGAUCUCGCCGCCGGUAACUUGGACGACAGCAGUACGAGCUUGAUUUCACGUAGGAAACUAGGAGGAACAACCUCCUACAAACGACCGGGACCACCGACCCCGAGCAAGAAAGCUGGUCGCCGCUCGUUCGGUGGAUCGCUACCGACCAGCGACUUCCAGUACAAGGAAAUUCUCAAGGACAGCAGCAAUGGAUCGUCGUCCGCCAGUGGUCCCUUCGGAGGCCGUCUGAGCUUCGGUGGGCGGAAGAGCAACGUGGAGCCAUCGUCGGCGCCAACCGCCGCCGGCAACAGCAGUGGCAGCAUUGCUGAGCUGAACGCCCGCCGGAAGACCCCCGGCAAGUUCAAGCAGAUGAUCAGCUCGUCGAACCUGUUCCACUCGCUGCAACCGCAGCCGAAGGACGAGGUUACUUUGCUCAACAUAAGCUGGCAUUUCGAUGAGCGACGAAAACGGCACUAUGUUGUUACUACGCCUGUAAAGUAGAUUUUUUUAGUUCUGAAAACUUUUUUCAAGUUUUUGCUAACAUUAUACAGUUAUCGUAUUGUAGUUAUCAUGUUUAUAUUUAUUAAUUGUUUAUUGUUUUUGUUAACGUAUAUCUACGUUAUAUACCUACUGAAAAAAUAAGAAAAUGAAUUACUUUUCAAUCCAGUGAAAUUGUUUAGUAAUCCUCGGAUAAACCCAAAAACUUUAUUACAAUUAUUGGAGGAAACCCUGGAGGCACUCCUAAACAAAUUGUUGAACAAAUCCUUUGAAGAAUUUCCAGAGGAAUUUUUGAAGGAAUCCCUCAAUAAGUCUCCGAUAAAGUCCAUGGAAGAAUUAAUAGGAAUCUCUGAAGGAAUACCUUGCAGGAACUCUUUGGGACAUCCUUCAAGUAAUUCAUAAAUGCAUACCUGGGGAAUUCCUGAACGAGUUCAUGGAUGAAUUCCUGAAGGAUUUCUUGGAGAAACUUUAGCAGGAAUUCUCUUUAAGAAACUUUGGCUCGGAAUACGUUGACGAACGUUGGGAGUUUGAACACGAAUAAGUUGGUAAAAAAAGGGUUAAGUAUACUGUUCAUUUUAAUUCCACUAAGAAUUUGCAUCCUUUGACGGAUACGUAUUUCGACCUCAACUGUAAGAUCGUCUUCAGUGCCUCGUACUUGACUCGACUCGACUUGCUUGGCUUCCUGCUUGUCCGAUCUGCCAUAAAGACUACUCCGUUUUCUGUAGCUGCAUUCGCUUCAUUAUCCCAUUCCUGCCUACAGUAUCUCUUGGUAUGGCCACGUUUUCCGCAUUUGUGCAUCUCCUUUGAAACUUCUUGGCAUCGAGGGCUUGAGCUUGAUCCAAUCUAUCUGCCAACAGACGGAUACAGUUCCGUUUGUUUUAUCUCUUCAGGCAGUAUUCCGAGGGCGGUCACCAACGGAUCAAAUGAAUCGGGUAGAGUCUGGAACAAGGAAAUUACCGCAUCCGCUUCAUCAAUCUUAGUACCGGCUGUCUUCAAUAUCUUCGAUGAUAUCCUCGAAUACCAGCAGAUGGACUUGCACGGACUUCCCUUCCUCCAGCUUCAAGCGCUUCAACUGCUUCCGCAGUAGAUUUUGAGUUGUCUUGUUCUACAGCAACUUCCAGGAGAUUCUCCGUCAAAGUCUUAAGCACUCCAACAGAAUCCAGGAACAUUUUCACCGUGUUACUCUAAUUUUGGAAGCCUUGUCCACCAUCGAAUUGAGGUAUUCCGAGCGUCGAUUCACCUAUUGAGGACCCAUAACCUUUUGAGGAACGAUGGCUCGGAAAACGUUGACGAACGUAGGGAACAAACGUUUGAACACGAACAAGUUGGCUUUAUUUGUAAAAUACGUCUGUACAACUUAAGGGUUGGAUUGGGAUCAAAGAGCUUGAAAAAAAAUAACAACGACCGGUAACCAGGUAUUCAGGGGUGUAUCCAGGUUGAACUAGCAAGUGCGAUUGUCUACUAUGCUGACACUUCUGAAAGAUUCCCUGGAGAAAUUCUUGAUGAAAUCCCUGGGUGCAUUUCUGGACAACUCCCUAGAAGAAUUCAUACAUAAAUCGCUAAUAGAAACGAUGCAAAAGUCCGUUGAGGAAUUUCGAAAAGAAUUCGGAGAGGAAUUUCUGAAAGAAUUCCGAGAGGAAUUCCUGAAGCAAUCCAGAAGAAUUUCCUGGAGUAGUUCGGAAGGAAUUCCUGAGAGAAUUUCAUGAUAAAUUUCUAAAAGAAUAACAGGAGAGAUUCCUGAAGAAAUCCUAGAAUGAAUCUCAGGAGGAGUUCCUGUAGAAAUCUUAGAAGGAAUUCCUAAAGGAAUUACAGGAAGGAGCAAUUCUUAAAGGAAUCCCUGGAGGAAUUCCUAGAGGACUUCCUGGAGAAAUUCUCGAAGGAAUCCCACCAGAAAUUCCUGCAGAAGGCCCAGGAGAAUUUCUUAAAGGAAUCCCUAGAGGAAUUCCUGAAGGAAUCCGAGCAGGUAUUCCUGAAGGAUCGCAAGAGAAAUUCCUAGCUAUUCUUGUAGGAAUGCUAUGAAGAAUUCCUGAAAGAAUCCCAGAAGAAAUUCCUGAAGAAAUCCCAGAAAGAAUUUCCGAAGAAAUCAUUGAAGGAAUCGUAGGAGAAAUACCUCAAAGAAUCGCAAAAUAAUUCCUGAAGGAUGGAAUCCCAGGAGGAAUUCCAGGAAGGAAUCCCAGGAGGAAUUCCUGGAAGGAAUCCCAGCAGAAAUUCCUGGAAGGAAUCCCAGCAGAAAUUCCUGGAAGGAAUCCCAGGAGGAAUUCCUGGAAGGAAUCCCAGGAGGAAUUCCUGGAAGGAAUCCCAGGAGUAAUUCCUGGAAGCAAUCCCA